AUGCCAUCUGACAAGGGAAAAUCGCCGAAAAAGUCAAAGGGAUCAGGUGGUUCCAAGGGGUCAAAGAAGUCAAAGGGUUCCAAAAAAUCCCCCAAAGAUGCCGAACCCGUCGAAGAGCCUGAACUUAUUGUCCCCGUGCCUGAGGGUGUCAUGCAUAAACGCAUGCGGUUCCUUUUAGAGUCAACACUAAAAACUGACGUGGAUUUCAUUGUCGGUCCAGACGGAAAUGAAACUACUAUUAAAGCCCAUAAAUGCAUGCUUGCAGCUGAAAGUCCAAUGUUUGAAAAGCUAUUCGCUGAUUGCCAAGAGUGGAAGGACGCUCAGGUAAGAAAGCAAGAACAGGAACUGCUUGAAAUCCGCCAGAGGGAAGCGGAACUAGAACUCGAACUUGCAAAAGAGGCUGCUGCCAGAGAAGCCGCAAUGGCAGAUGGAACAAGUUCCAAGGAGAAAAGCAAGGGCAGUAAGGGUAAAAGCAAGGGCAGCAAAGGUAAAAGCAAGGGCAGCAAGGAUAAGAGCAAGGGUAGCAAGGGCAAAGGCAGCAAGGGCAAAGGUGGCAAAGGCAAAGGAAGUAAGGCGAGCAAGUCUCCUAAGAGCAAGGACAAUUCCAAGUCCAAAGGAAAGGGCUCAAAGGGGUCUAAAGGGAAGGGUUCGAAAGGAUCCAAAAAAAGCCCAAGAACCGACGAAGAUGAAUCUUUGCCACUUGUCAACUUUUACAAAGAUGAGGUUAUUGCUGCUGACACAAUUCGGAUUAAGGAUGUUCACCCACUCGGGUUUUUCAGGCUUCUCAGGUACAUUUAUUAUGAUGAAAUGGUUUUCACGGGAGUUAUUGGAACUAUUCGGACUCUUUAUGCUGCUCGAAAGUACUGUUUUUAUGACUUGGCAAGAGCUUGUGUCAAUUACCUCGAGAACAAUGUCUGUAUAGAGCACAUCUUCCAAAUUCUUCGAGCUGCCGUAGACUUCCACGAGGACCGUCUUAAGACCCUUUGCAUGCGCCUCAUCAUCAACAAUACCUUUGAAGUGAUCAACCGUGAGGACUUCAAAGACAUCAAGAAGGACCUUCUGGUCAUGAUUCUGGAGCAGGAUGUGCUCAAUGUCCGCGAAAUUGAGCUUUUCGACAGAGUUAUGCAUUGGGCGGAAAAUGAAUGUGAUCGUCUGAAGAUCACAGUAACAGCCACCAAUCAGAGAAUUGCCCUAGGAAACCACCAUUUUAAGUUAAUCCGUUUUCCGACAAUCCUUUCCCAUGAAUUCGCUACUCACGUUGUUGAGAGCGGCGUCUUAAGAACGGACGAGGUUAUUCCCAUUCUCCAGUACUAUAUUACUGGAAGAAAACCGAGCCUCGCAUACUCUUGCAAAAACAGACGACGUCCCUGCUUGGAGGUCGGCGCACUGGACAAUGCAAGUGUUGCGUUUUCAGACCAGACAGACCUGACCUUCCUGGGGCUCGAGGGUAAACUGCGUCGGGCCUCCAGCUUCCGCGACAUCCUCAUUCCAGUUGAUGUGCUGCCUCCGCACAAAGUGGGUCUUAUUCGGGAACGCGAGAGAACCGGUUCACCGCCUGCACGGUUCCACGUUGACGACGAUGAGUUCUGCAUUAUAGAGGAAAAUGUACGUCACCUGAAACACCUCUUCAUGGAACGAAAUGUAUUUGAGUGGAACAAGAUGCAUGCGGCGGUCAUGACGUCUCAUUACCGAUAG